AUGGCCGGUUGGCUCUCUGGAUGCCUGGGCGGCUGUCUGGACUUUUGUCACGGUCUUCAGCUUUCGGGUUGCGAUGACCAGAUUUGGCAGGGCUGUGGCCUCAGUCGCGCCGAAGUGGAGCGAUACGGCCGACAGGUGGUUCUACCCAGCUUGGGCCCCGAGGGCCAGAAGAAACUGCUGCGAGGAAGUGUUCUGAUCGUUGGAGCCGGAGGCCUUGGAUGUCCUGUGGCGCUGUAUCUUGCUGCAGCAGGUGUAGGUCGCAUCGGGCUGGUGGACGCCGACACCGUGGCGCUGAGCAAUUUGCAUCGCCAGAUUGGGCACUUGGCGCGGUCCGUGGGCGUCAACAAGGCCACGUCGUUGGCGAAAGCCUGUCGUGAGCUCAACGCCACGGUGCAGCUGGAGGUGUGUCCACAGAGACUGAGUCGAUUGGAAGAGACCGCGGAGCUCAUUGCGCGUUACGAUUUGGUGGUGGAUUGUACUGACGCCCCACCAAGCCGCUACCUCUUGAACGACGGGGCCUUGUGUGCUCAGAGGCCUCUGGUGGCGGCAUCUGCUGUCGGGUUAAGUGGGCAACUGGCGGUGUACAACUUCGAGGGUGGUCCGUGCCUGCGCUGUGUGUUUCCGGUCUCGCUGGCAGAUGCGGAACCAGUGGCCUCCUGUGAAGAGCACGGGGUGCUGGGGCCCAUCGUUGGCACAGUGGGAUCGCUCGCAGCCUUGGAAGUCAUCAAGGUACUGGCCAAAGGUUCAGCGUUGCACAAGUCGUGUCUUCGUGGCAAGCUGCUGCUGUUUGAUCCCACCAGCAGUUUGCAGCCGUGCCGCACCGUCAAAAUACACAGGCAAGCGGAUUGUGCUGGAUGCGCACCCAAAGAUGGUGCCGCUCCGCCCAUGCCACCGGCUGGCUGUGCAAUGCCCCUUCCCAGGGAGGAAAUCAGUAUCUCUCCAAUCGAGCUCCACUCGCGGCUGCUGGCGCAUCGUCCCACCUUCCUUUUGGAUGUGAGGCAGCGUUCCCACUUCGCGGUCACCCGCCUGGCCUCCGCAGUCAACUGGCCGCUGACGGAGAUGAGUCGGGCCACGGAGGAAGAGAAGUUGAAGAAACUCAGCGCUGCCGGUGAUUCCUUGGUGGUUUGUGUCUGCCGUCGCGGCAAUGACAGCCUGACUGCGACGUUGCUGUUGCGCGAGGCUGGGAUUGUUGCGUUGAAUCUGCAGGGAGGUUUGCAGCAACUGAUGGCCGUUUCACCCGACUCCCGAGCCUCCCGAGCAUCACUUCCUGCACUGACCUGA